AUGCGCUGGACGGACGCCAGCGUGCUCCGAGGCUUUGCGACUGGGGCUUGCGCGUUGAGGCGAAGCUUACGUUACCAAUCAGUGUGAACAAUGGCUCGGGCGAGAGGAGGGGUUGGUCGGCGAAAGAGAAACGGAAAAGCAAGCGCAAAUAAGGGAAACUGGAUGUAAAACCCGUAAUCCUCUUUUACAGGGACGUCAGAUGCCUCGAAAGCAGAAAGGCUAGAGGUACUUCCAUAUACCUCGGCUGAGUCCGACAACAACUGACAUCCAUUUGAUGUGUAUGAAACGAACGUGGACAUUGAUUGCCGCGAGGGAUAUUUGGCGUCGCAGCUUUUAAGAAUGGGGGGGCAGAACCGUGGUCUUUAGGGACCACGACACGCAUGAAUCGACGCUUUGUUUGGUGUCUCGACGGGGGACUGAUAUUUAAUGCCAGAAGGUCUAGUUUGUGCCAAAGAGCUAAUUAAAUUCGCUGUUCAGCCACCAAGACCAGAUAAAGCAAGCGCGCAGCUCAGAAACAUUGUCGAAAGAAACACUACUUGGCUGGACUCGGUUGACAGAGGCAGCGAUGGCUCCAGCCCUCUGUCUUGCGCCGCUGCUGCUGGCCGCGCUGGCCGGGCUGCCCACCCCGUCGUCGGCCUGCCCCUCCUCUUGCCGCUGCUACAGCCUGACGGUGGAGUGUGGCUCCGUCGGCCUUAGAGAGAUGCCCCGCGGCGUCGCACACAGUACGCAGACCAUCUUCCUGCAGGAUAACACCAUCGGCCAGAUCCGGGUGGAGGAUCUGUCCGGCCUGGGUCGCCUGCAGUACCUGUACCUGCAGAACAACAGCAUCUCAUCUCUGGAGCCUGGUGCCUUCGUGAGCCUGGGCCAGCUGUUGGAGCUGGCCCUAAACGGCAACCGCCUUCACCUAGUCUCCGCCGACGUGUUUCACGGCCUGGAGCACCUGCGAAUCCUAUACCUGGCUGGGAACCACAUCACCCGGCUGGAGGACUACACCUUCCGCGGCCUGCAGCGUUUGCAGGAGUUGCACCUACAGGAGAACACGAUGGAGGUGCUGGAUGAGCAGGCUCUGGUGGGUCUGUCCUCCCUGGCUCUGCUGGACCUGAGCAGGAACAACCUGCGCACCCUCAGUCCUGCCACACUCCGACCCCUGGUCAGCCUCCAAGUGCUCCGAGUCACAGACAACCCAUGGCGCUGUGAUUGCGCCCUCCACUGGCUGCGCGCCUGGAUCAAUGAGGAGGGCCAGAGGCUGCUGAGCUCAGCCGAGCGGCGACUACUGUGCGCCGAGCCGCCUCGCCUCUUGCACCUGAGCCUGGUGGAGGUGCCAGCCAACAGCCUGGUGUGCAUCCCGCCAGUGGUGCAGCUGGAGCCAGGCCACCUGACCGUGCGCCUGGGAGAGAGCCUGCGUGUGUCCUGCCAGGCCUCCGGUUACCCCCAGCCUCAGGUCACUUGGAGAAAGGUGGCCCAUGGACGGGCCCAGCUCUCGCCCCGUGGCCUGGUGCAGGAGUCGGGCUCCGACGGUGAUGGGAAGGCCGGGGGGAGGCCGGUGACUGUCAGGCCUGGGGGGAGCACCACCAUGGUGGGGAGCCACGGUCCAGUGAAAGAGGAUGGUGGGGACCGGGAGAGCUUUGACCCGGACACGGGCAGUGGGAUGCUGUUCCUAAGCAACGUGACGGUAGCGCACGCUGGGCGCUACGAGUGUGAAGCAUGGAAUCCAGGCGGCGUGGCCCGCGUCACCUUCCACCUGUCCGUCAACGUGUCCUCGCCGUCCUCCACGUCGGCCGUCUGGCCCCGCCUGCAUUCCUCCUCGUCCUCCUCUUCGUCUUCCUCGCACCACCGGCCGCCCCUGGGUGACGUCAGCCAGGAGCCCCUGUAUGAGCUGGAGAGCAUGGACUUCAACGCCCUGGGCACAGCCACGCAGACCGCCAUCGCUGUGGGCAUCUCUCUCCUGGCGCUCACUGCCCUGCUGCUGCUCUGCAUGAUCUACAGCCGCCACCGGCAGCGGCAGAAAGAGGGCACCGGCUACGAUGCCGGCAAGGAGGAGAGCAUCCUCUACGUCAACGACUACUCCGACGGGCCCACCACCUUCGCACAGCUCGAGGAGUACCGCGACGAACGCGGCCACGAGAUGUACGUGUUGAACCGGGCCAAGCCUGUGCUGCCUCUGCCACCUCCCACCUCUGGCCAGCAGGGAGUGUCGCAUCCCAGCGACGGACUGCAGGGCCAGGGCUCUCUGACACCGGGAAGAGUGGCUGGCAUGGUGCCCAGGCGGGCUCCAGCAGAAGGUGGUGAGGGCCCACCACUUGACCCGGAGGGAUUGUUCAUCAACCAGAGCCUGCUGUUCGACACACAGAUCGCCUACGAGAUCCACUGCUGAGGAUGAACAGCUCAGGGAGGUCGAGAGAAGGAAGCAGACCAGAAGGCGAGUUAAAAAAAAAAAGCUAUUUGGCUGCACAUGGCACAAGUUAGCACUGCUCAACAGUGGCAUCUCUCUAUGGGAUCUGAGGUUUCUCUGCCAAAUUUUUUUUUGUUCUGAGAGCAAAAAUGCUUUGGUUAUCAUUACAGCAAAUGGUGAAUGUUGUUUUGGAAGGACAUUGACAGCUUAUCUUGCCAGAAGAUGUGAAGAUGAUAUCUUGCUACAAGAUAUCUGACCGACGUAAUUCUUUUGCAUUCAAGCACGGAAAAAAAUAGCAGACACCUAAAUACCUUCAACUGAACAUGUCAGAGGAACGUACCAAAAAGAGAAGUGCUUGGUGUUGUAUUUUUCCAUCAUGCGCACAGAACUGUGAAGGAUAUUUUUUGAGAAUGUCUAACUCUGGAUCAUGUGUGUCUGUAUUCCUGCUUCUGCCAGCCGGUGUGAAUAGCUUUGAAGUCUGCACUCAUCGCCUACUCAAUUAAUAUCUUUAUAUUCUCUAUUUUUCCCUUUUGUAUAUAGAGAUGAGUUCUGUGCCCAUUCGCAUGCGUAUGAGAAAGUGGGGGACGGUGAAGUGUAAUGUCAGUGUUUUUGACAGCAACAUAAUAAAGUGUGUUAAUGUCUUGAG